CAGAGCAGAUGAUUACCAAUAAUAACAGCCGAUACAAAGCAGCUGCCAGCAGGCAAAAAUAAACUGAUUACCAAUCUCUUUAGUUCCCUGUCUAAAAAAGCCGCUUCACCACAGUGGGACAGAUCAGAUAACAGUACCUUCCCUUUUCCUUUUUGGAUUUUCCGGGCCCUGAAACACUUCGCUUCAUUCCUGAUUGGAUGCUGGAUGGCAGUGCCGAACGGAAAACCCCUCUUUGUAUCCGGAAAUCUCAAUCUGUUUCGCGUGUAUGUUUUUCUACGUUGGUUUCUUUUUUCUUUAGUUCUAGUUGGUGAUUUUAUUCUUUGGACCUGAAUGUUGGUCCGACGAAAAACAGUUUACUGGGACGGAAAGGACAGAGUAAAGAGUAAGGUGGAAAUAAAAAAGUCUAAUUAUUUUCAGAAUCUGGAAUUCAAACAGGAGUAUAUUCAGCGUCCAUAUGAUGGCAAACGAGCCGGUUAUUUUGAACGUUUAUGAUAUGUAUUGGAUAAAUGAAUUCACCACGUCGCUGGGAAUUGGCGUCUUUCACUCAGGAAUAGAAGUGUACGGCAGAGAAUUUGCCUAUGGUGGCCACCCCUAUCCUUUUCCAGGGAUUUUUGAAAUCACACCAGGAGAAGCAACAGAGCUAGGAGAAGCAUUCAAAUUCAAAGAAGCCAUAGUUCUGGGAAGCACAGACUUCACAGAAGAGGAUCUUGUACGAAUUAUAGAAGAACUCGGGAAGGAAUACAAGGGAAAUGCCUACCACCUCAUGCACAAAAACUGCAAUCACUUCUCAUCAACACUGUCCGAGAUUCUUUGUGGGAGGGAGACCCCACGCUGGGUGAACCGGCUGGCCUACUUCAGUUCCUGUAUUCCUUUCCUUCAGAGCUGUCUUCCUAAGGAGUGGCUCACACCGGCCGCGCUGCAGUCCAGCGUCAGCCAGGAGCUACAGGGCGAGCUGGAGGAAGCAGAAGACGCUGCUGCCUCUGCCUCGGCACCUUCGCCUUCCUCUUCUUCCACCACCACUAAUGCAAUACCCAGGCCGGGCCAUCAUGCGAAGCGAUAAUCCCAGAGAACCGCAACAAUGACUGAAAUGUAGAAUAUAAUAACUGACUUUUACUCAAAACUAAAUUGGCUGGUCUAGAUCAUUUUAGACGGUGGAGGUUGUAUGGGAAAGGAUAAAACACAUUCCUUUUUAGUAGGAAGGGAAACAACAAAAACAAUAUUUUUAGUUCCAGUUACAUGCUCAGGAUUGUAAAGUUGUAGUCCAUUGUUAAUCAGUGUUCUAUCUUUUUGUUUUGUGUAGGGGGGGGGGGGCAGAGUUUCAUCUGUUGAUUAUAUAUACUGUGUUGGUUUUCUUUUUUUUUUUUUUUUUUUUUUUUUUUUUUGUUCUGGUGAAACCUUCCCUCCCCUUGUUACUCAAAUUGCUGGGUCUAGGAUGAAGCUGUUAUCGUUUCCCCUUCUCCCCCUCCUACAAUAUGUUUGUUGUGAUGCCAAACAUAAUGUGAAAGCAGAGAUGGAUAUAGACAUAGGUUUUAAAUGAAGACUAAUGUCCAGACCAUCAAACUCAUGUCACUCAGUCCUCCCAAAAUGAAAAGCAAGUGAAUAACACAGCUGUGUCCCUAAGCCUCCAUUUUUGCUCCAUCAUUUUAGAACUUUUUAAGCUUCAUUUGCAGCAAGUCUGGGAAGUUCUUUUUUUUUUCCGAACAUAUGUUACACCAGUCUAAUGGACAAUACAAUGCUCAAACAUUUUGACUACUCAUGUCAUGUUUUAUUUGGCAUACUUGCCUGUUCUAGAAUUCAUACAAUAUUCUUCACAUUUGAAUGUCACCUAAUGCAAAUGCAGGAAAUCCCUGCUAGUAUGAUCUGGGACUGUGAUUUUCAGUAUUAUUAAUCUUAUUGACAUUUAAAGUGAAGGUCUCAUUUCCAGUUUAUCACUUCUUUUUUUAUGCCAAGCUACAUCUCAAUAUGCAGUUAGUGAUGGGAAAAAAAAAACAAAAAACAAGGCUGUUGCAAAUAUGUUCUUGAGAGGCUUUAGCUGCUUGGCUGCCUUUGGGAAAUAUCUUUAUAUUGUUGUUUUCACCACGUUAUUGAAAAAGUGUAUUCUUACAUUCUCUUAUGUGCUGGAUGACAACAGCUUGGGCCUUUGUGUUUCUUAGCCCCAUACCAUCUCUGCUUCCAGAUUACAUAACUAGAGCUCUUGUAGCAGACUAGUCUGGCCACAAACAGGAUACAGUCUUGACUUGACUGGCGGUUGGGGGUGGGGGAGAUUAACAAUGUUAAUACUGAAUAGAAAUCCUGUUUCUUGUGUUCAUGCAAGUUUUCAUUGUCAGCUCAACAAAGCACUGCAUGGGUAUAUUGGAACCUGCUAACAACCACCAGCAAUCUGUCCCACCUAAUUAAGCCAUUUGAUUCAAUAAUAAAAUCCCAGCAAGCUUUGUGCUUCAGGUAUGUCGAGAACAAUCUCUCAAAAGGGGUGCAGUAGAAGACCUAGAAUUUGGCCUGACAGCCGUGGUGCCCUAGUACUCUGUUCAGUUAUUGUACACAAGUAUUUUUUUUGGAUUGUUUAUUUUUAUGUUAGACAACAGACAUUUUCACAGUUACAGUCUGAAUUGUUCAAAUGUGGGUUACAUAAUUCUGAAGUGUGUUAAUAUUUUAAUCCAGAUUCUUGCUAGAAUAUGUAUACCUCCUGAGUUCUUCUGGUUACCAGAUACCUCUUUCACUUUAGUGGGUAGUGUCAUGCUUUGAUAUAUACAUAUACAUACUGUGGGCGUAGGUCAUGUGUGUGUUUUUCAUGAUUCUUACUUAUUUACCGUCCAGUGGGGAGGGAAUAUGUAUGUUACUGACUAUUUGAAGACACUGGUUUAGUUGAACAGGAAGGCGAUUUGUAUAGUUAAGUGUGACUGUUUUUUAAUAUGGGGGCACUGGGCAUGACAACACAUUACUGAUGGCAGUAAUGCCUGUAGAAUUUCUGCGAGUGGGCCAGACGGUAUUCAGAGUUUCAACAAAAAGCGAUUUGGCAGCUAACUUUCAGAGGGAAUUCUUGUUGAGUUCAAAUAACCUGGAGAGCCCACAAGUGUCAGGAAUCAGGAGCAAGCAGUGGCUGUGAGACUGCAGCCUCUCGAAACCUGUUUCUCCCAGCAGGUAUCUCAAUGACAAAAGACACAGCAUGAGUAUAGUAAUGCCAUUAAUGAGCCUUGACUGGACAUGAUCUGGUACCACCAUUGCUAAACUAUAUCUAUCUCUGUCAAUUGUGGGAGUGGUGCUUAUUUCAAACUGAGCAGAGGUCUGCAGUGGACCCUUGUUUUAGUUGUGGUACUAAAUAUAUUUCUUUAAACCUGAUAUUUCAACAAGAGACUGACUUAGCAAUAUAAGAAAUGGCUUUCACCAACAAACUUGUCAAGACAGUGUUCACAUGGUGGUAACUGAAACAACCAAGUGCUGCUGUGGGUGUCUGACACUUAAUGUGGCUAACUGUGUUCAAGUUUGAUAAGAUUUUGACUCCUAUGCCCCUGCUUUUUACAAUCGGCACUUGCAUAUCCGACCCUAUACAUUUUUGACUUGAGUGACAGUUAAUAGAGUGUGGUGCAUAUCUGAUUAUUUCAUUUUGGCCUGUUCCAACCCUUGUCCGUUUUCCAGGAAACCCAAAAAAGAUACAAUGUCAAAUAUAUAGCUGAAAGGACUGUGUUUCAAAAUAAACAGGCUUCCAUUUAGAUGUACUGUAGUUGGUUAGAGUACUAUAUUUUCAACAGAAGCAUUUUAAUUCAGAACGAUUACCAAAAGAGAUGACUGUAGACACGUGGACUGUACCGUACAUUCUUUUAAAUCCGGUACGUAUUCAUGUGUAGCAGUAUGUAAAAUUCCACAUUACGACCCAAUAGCAAAAUGAAAUCAAAAUGUUACCCAUGCACAGAAUUGUGUAAAACGUAAGUCAAUGCAGUUUAUGGAAAGAUUUAGAAAAAAACAACACAUUAUCGAAUUGAAACAGUAUUCAAAAUUGCAUGAGCUGCUCAAUAAGGCUUUAAUUUCAGUCUGCACUUGUAAAUGAAAAUGCACAAAAGCAAGAUCACAGAUUAUAAAACAUUAAUACAUCAGCGUAUCUAAUACUGUUUAAUGAUUAACUGUUCCACAUUGCCGUAGCUGGAAUCGCUCUUCUCGUUUGCUUAUUUGUUGCUGCAUUUUCAUCAGGUAAAACUCGCUGAAGCUCUGUGUAAUCAAAUACAUUUUUGUAUCAGAAAACUGGUGACGGAGUCGGAAAUUGUGUGUGACGGGUAAGUGCAUUACAUUAUUACGUGUUUAAUGGGAAUUGAUUUUAUUCUUAAUACAAGGACGGCAAAACACGACUGACGUGUAUCUGGGUAUCGUAUAUCCGAGUGCUGACUAGUAGUCUUCACAGAUAUGUUAGUAUUGUAUGUGUGUGCAUGGUUGCUGGUCACAUGAUGACAUUUAUUAAGUGUAAUGGUUAAUGCAAAGGAUCACAUAAACUAUUUUAUUGCAGCAGUAAGAGAACAUUACUCUGAAAGUGCUACUUUCAUUAGAAGCCUGAAUGCUAGAGCAUGGUUAAUAUUCAUACAAGACAUUGUAAGUCUUGUAAUGGUCUAAUAUUCUCUGGCUGCAAGUCUCGGUGAGUUGCAGCUUACAUCAUUGCAAUAUAGGUACAUAGAGAAUAAUAUAUGGGUCAGAAUAUAUUACCACACAAUUAUAUUGCUAGCUCAAAACUAAUGAGAGACAUAUUUUAUGUGGUAAUAUAUUAUUCUUGCAUUCUAGUUUUGUUUGUGUAAACUGUGGUGCGCUGCUGUAGAAAAUGCUGCACUCAGUUACAUCAGUGCAGGUUAUGCUGCUGUGCUUCGGUGAGAAAUUUGUUCAAAGUCAUCCCCAUUUUAUUUAUUUUUUUACUGACCAAGGUGAAAUUCGAAAUGUGUAUGUUCAGGUCUUUUUCAGGUAGCUGUUCAAAUUAUCUAAUUUCUCCCACUGAACGCAAAAUACAACAGUGCUUGUUAGUUAUAAAUAUGGAGGCUGUGACAUUAAGCGGCGCAGGUAGGAGUCUGAUUUAAAAAAAAAAAAAAAAAAAAAAAAAAAAGGUAUUAACCCUAAUAUGAAUAUUGUCACAGGAAAUUGGUAACCCAACCCCCCCCUCCCCCCCCCAAAAAAAAUAGAUAUCGCCUUUACUAAGCAUGCGUGAAUUUCUGAAAUUAAAGCCAGUCUGAACUUUAACCAUUGAACACCCUUUAUAUCUCCGUUUUUGUUUUAAAUUGGUUACCAUACAAUUGUAAAUGAUAAACUUUAAAAAUGUUGUCUGAAUCUUUAUUUAUAGCUACAAUUUAUGUGAACAAAUAUUUUGCUACUUAAAUUGCAUUGUUUUAAUAACUUUAAUAUGACAUACCGUUAAAUUAAUAUACUUGACUGUAUUUUUGUUAUCUAUUAUCAUUUAAUUGUAGUGGUUAAGUUUACCUUACUACCCUGUUUACAAAGGGUGGUACAGUAAAGUUACAUUUCUAAAUGCCGGGAACUGUAUAUUAGAAUUUUUCGUGGUACAAAUAUUAAAAUAAAAUAAAUGCACUAUUUUGUAUAUGUGACUCAUCAUGCAUUUAUCGUGCAAUUUAUUUAUGUGUAAUUAUAUUAAUUAAAAUGUGUUCUCUUUUUAUAAAAAUUGAACAGGAACUCAAUACAGUUUAAUGGAAAUUCUCAUUUUUUAAAAGUAGUAAUAUAGUCUAUGUCAAUAUUGAAACCAUAUUAAUAAUUUUCUUUGA